AUGGGGAAAGCGCCCAAUCUGUUCACGUACCGUGACGUGGAUACUGUUGCCCAGCAUUUACGUGUCUAUGUUCUUCAGUGUCAGAAAGCUGGGCUCGCGCGCCAUGACGCAUUCAAGGUUGCUGUUUCAGGUGGUUCGCUUCCAGCUACUUUGGCCAAAGCUCUACUAGCGCCCAGCAACGGAAGUGAAGACGAUACGCCACAGUUCAACAAGUGGGAAAUCUUCUUCGCCGAUGAACGUGCUGUGCCGCUUGACCAUGAGGACAGCAAUUAUCGCUUAGUCAAGGAAGAGCUGCUAGACUGUAUUCCCGAGAGCAUGGGGAAGCCAACGGUGCACUCGAUCGAUAUUGAAAACCUUGACGAUACGCAGAAGCUCGCAGACAGGUACCAAGAACUACUCAUGAAUUCAUUUGCUGCCAAAGACAGUGUUAAGCUUCCGACCUUUGAUCUGCUACUGCUUGGUUGUGGGCCUGAUGGGCACACUUGCAGUCUUUUCCCAAAUCACGAACUCUUAAGAGAAACUGAUGCUUGGGUUGCCGCGAUUGAAGACUCUCCAAAACCACCCCCUAGGAGGAUAACCUUGACAUUACCAGUGGUGACUCACGGGACAAAGAUUGCCUUUGUCGCAACUGGAAGCGGCAAGAAGGAUGUCUUGAAAGCUAUCUUGGAUUCAGAGGAGGGACGGAGCCUCCCGUGUGGCCUAGUCAACGAAGGAGCAGGCGAGAAGGUUAGCUGGUUCACUGAUUCCAGCGCCGUGGAGGGUGUGGCAUUUCCCAGACGAGGCAGUUUGUGA